UAAUGGGUUGACACUCCUGAGACGGGAAUUCGACCGAAACGGGAGCCCAUCAUCUGAUCUCACGCAUAGGAUUCCGUCGCCACCGAGUGAAUUAAUGAAUAAAUAAAGUCUGACUGACUGGACAUAGCUGCGAGUUGACGCGUCCCACGUUUGACAGCUUUUUGGAAGCGUCUCAGUUAAAACGCGUCAAUGUAAAUGAGCUGUACGGCAAGAGGAGGACGAAUUGGAUGAGGAGGAAGAGGGGUGAACCCACGCCAGCGUGAUCCAUCAGUCAUCAAUGGGAAAUACCGGAGACCUUCUCGUGCGUCGCGCUCUCACCGAGAGGGAGUUUUAAAAGAGCGCGCGGCGAGGAGGGAGAACGAGCACUGUGAAGUUGAACGUAUUCGUCAAUCAAGAGAAGAACCGGGUGGAAAAAUUUGUUUCAUGUGACACAUGAAUGAGAAAACAAAGCGCGUCACCGAGCUCCCCAAGGCUUGUUGAGAAUGUGGAAAUGUUUCAUUGUUGACGAGGGUGAAGAUGGCAGAGGCUUCGUAAGAAAGAUACCGAGCGUGUUUUUGUGAGAGAGGGUUAAGUUCAUUCGACAUGCCCGAGAAUGUCUCCCUCAUCAGGAACCGGACGGAAGUCGGGCAGGGUCGCGCUUGGGGUAGCGGAGCUGGCGCGCGGCCAGCAUGGGUCGUCAUGGUGCUCGCCAGUGUGCUGAUCUUCACGAGCGUGGUGGAUGUGCUCGGUAAUGUGCUGGUGAUCAUCUCGGUGCUCAGAAAUAGAAAACUGAGAAACGCGGGUAAUGCAUUUGUAGUGAGCCUGGCUUUCGCCGAUCUCCUGGUGGUUUGCUAUCCCUACCCUCUGGUCUUGCACGGCAUGCUGCACUCGGGCUGGUUGCCGGGGGAGAUGGAGUGUAAGGUCAGCGGCUUCCUGAUGGGAGCGAGCGUCAUUGGCUCCAUCUUCAACAUCACCGCCAUCGCCAUCAACCGCUACUGUUUCAUCUGCCAGGCCAACACCUACGAGAAAAUCUACGGCCGUGCCGGAACCCUGGUACUACUGAUGUUAGUCUGGGUGCUCACCGCCAUCGCCAUUCUUCCAAACCUGGCACUUGGGUCGUUGACGUAUGACCCUCGUGUUUAUUCAUGCACCUUUAGUCAGACGACAAGCGCGGGCUACACCAUUGCCGUGGUGACCGUGCAUUUCCUGCUUCCUAUCGCGGUAGUAACGUUCUGCUAUCUGAGGAUUUGGGUGCUGGUGCUCCGCGUGAGGAGGCGGGUCACAACCGAUGUCAGGCCACGCCUCCGUCCGAGUGAGUUGCGCCACUUCUUGACAAUGUUCGUCGUCUUUGUGCUGUUCGCCGUCUGCUGGGCGCCGCUGAAUUUGAUUGGCCUGGCUGUUGCGGUGGACCCGCCCCAUGUAGCGCCCAUGGUCCCUGAUUGGCUGUUUGUGGUGAGUUAUUUCAUGGCAUACUUUAACUCCUGCCUGAACGCCGUAGUGUACGGACUGCUCAAUCAGAACUUCCGCAGAGAAUAUCGAAGAAUACUUCUGUCACUUUGUAAGCCACGCCUCUUCCUGCAGGAGACAUCAAGGGGCGGGACUGAGCGCAGCAACAAACAGUCACCUGGCAACAACAAUAACGAAGAUCAGCCCAAAGCGAACACAAUAUAACUUACCCACAAUACAUUUAAUUGUUCAGAGAUAUCAAAGAAAGAAUACUGCAAAAAGGUUUUAAAUUGUGUCCACUAAUGUUUUGAAAUUUUCGUUUUUAUGACUCACUUUAGAUACCAGCUCAAUACCUCAUUUGUUGGAAACCAUACAAUUAUAAUAAUCCUCAGUAUUAGAAAAAUUGAUUACAUCUCACAAGUAUUACAGUCACAUUCAAUUAAUGCAUGCUAAUGAUUGAGAACAGUGCAAUAAAUCAUUACCAGACAAAAGAUGCAAGCUUGAGAAAGACAAAGACCGCAGAACAUGUUCAUCUUCUCCAAACAUGCUCCCCUAGAAAAUAACUUAUUUUUCUCACUGUUAGUUGGAGGCUGUUUUCUCCAACCAUCCAUAAAUUCUCACCUAACAGAUCUCUCACAAGAAGGCAGCACCCAGAGGACUCGCACAGUUUCACAAGUGCUUCCCUAAAGAUAUAACAAUAUUAAAGAAACGCUCCCUGAAUGCUUACACAUUUGUGACCAUUCAGCACCUUGACGUACGUUUUCCCAGCACUCCAAUAGUGUUAGCACCUUGUGCUAUGCAACCAAUUCAUUUUAAACUCAACGGAGAAAGUGUGAAACUAGGGCUCCCUUAGGUUUGCAGCAAAGGUUAUCCAAACGUUCCCCAAAACACUGCAGCAUCGUUCUUGUAAAACUCCCCUAUUGCUAUGCAAACUCAACUCGAGCAACUCCCACUGCUGCUUUCAUACAAACACUGUGGAACUCUUCCCAUAUCCUUCCCACAAAAUUCCUCCACUAGGUCUGUGGAUUCAGUUCUAUGGGAAUAUGCCAAAAUGCUGCAAGAACAUGUUUUUUAUAUUCUCCAUAGGUUUAAAAACAAAACAUAAAACGCUCCCUAUGUCUGCAUGUGCACCAGAACACAUCUGCACAUGCUGCACGUUACGCCAUACUCGCAUU